UUAGGGAAUCGUAGCUUUUGUUGUAAAUUAUCGUAAAAAUCUCGUUAAACAUUAAAUAAUAAAAUGGAAACAUUACGGAAAUUGUGCGUAACAAAAAUUUGCAGGACAUGUUUGUGUGAAUCGAGUCAAAUGAGGUCUCUAAGUGCAAAAAUUAAUGGUGAAAACAGGACACUUAUCGAUGUUCUUAGUUUUGUUACAAAUAUGAAUAUUACAAUCGAAAAUAGAUAUCCAAAACAGGUUUGCAGUGAUUGUGAGUCAAUAAUGUGUAAAUUCGAUGCAUUUAAACGUCGGUGUAUAGACUCUGAGAUGAUUUUAAACCACCAAAUAGACCUUACAAUGGAGUGCCAUAUUGAUCAAAAUAUACCGACUAACAGCCUUAUAAAGGACGAACAUGCUUUUAAAAUAGACAAAAAUGACUUUGAUCCACCUCUUCAAUCUUCAAUUACGCUGGGAAAGUCAUCUGAUUCUUCAAUAAAUUACUUUUACGAUAAUUUAUCAGGCAAUGAUGAUAAGGUGAAAACUUACGUUGAAAUUUCGCCUUCUGAGCAUAAUGAUAUCGUCAGAAACGAAUCUAAACCUUCGGCAGCUGAACGGAAGGUCGUAAAACUGCUUAAAGAGGAGGAAAAUAUAGAGUUUGACACCCACUCGGUUGAUGUUUCAUUUGACUUUGAUGAUACUGAAACGUUCGAAGCAAUGCCAAACGAAUUCAAACAAGAACUGUUGACCGUUAAAGAACUGAAAGUUUUCUCCUGCAGUUGUGGGACAGUUUUAAAUAACCACGAAGAAUACAAAAGCCACAGCUGUAAAGGCAACAAAAAGUCCGUUAAAAUCAAAAUGGAAACGAAGACCAACAUAAAUGGGAGUCGGAGUAUAACUAUUAAGAAACAAAUUGUAUGCCCGGAAUGUAACACCGAAUUUGCAACGAUCAAAGCAUGCAACCGUCAUAAAAAGAAUCAUUGCAAAAAGAGUGAAACGAGGAGUAAUUAUGAAUGUACCAUGUGCAUGAGAAAGUUCCACCGACAGUCUUCGUUCACAAACCAUAUGAACCAACAUGAUUUAAAAUCAAACAUAAAAUAUACAUGUGAAACGUGCAAACGUCAGUUCCAACACAAAGCGCAUUUAGAUAACCACAUUCUUGCUUUGCACACUCGGGACAAGGGUUAUUUGUGUGAUAUAUGUAUGACAAACUUCGCUACACCGGAGAGCUUAGAAACCCAUAAGGAUAGCCAUAAAGUUGAUAAGAAACAUAAGUGCAAGUUCUGUAAAAAAGGGUUCUAUAUGUUAUCGACUUUGAAUGAUCAUCUGCGAACACACACAGGAGAGAAACCAUAUCUAUGUAGUAUAUGCGGACGAGGGUUCAGCCAGAAGACGAAUUUGGCUCAGCAUAUGCGAAGGCAUAAGGGGGAGAAGCCGUUUAAAUGUGAAGAAUGCGACAGAGGGUUCGUGUCCAAAGGCGAGUUAGUCGCUCACACCCGCAAGCACAGUGGAGCACACCCGUUCGUCUGCGAUGACUGUGGCAGUGGGUUCACCACAUCCAGUUCACUGGUCAAACACAGACGGGUGCACACUGGGGAGAGGCCUUAUGCCUGUGACCUGUGCCCUAUGCGGUUUGCUGCUUCAGGUACCUUAAAGAACCACAGGCGAACCCAUACUGGUGAGAAGCCGUUCCAGUGUUCCUACUGUGAGAAGGCAUUCGUGCAGCGUCAGGACCUGGUGUCACACAUCCGGGGACACACCGGGGAACGACCAUACGCCUGCGGCUGCGGACAGGCUUUCAGGAAAGCGUCUGCCCUCAAAGCCCACGUCAGAGUUCACGAAAAGGACCCACAACGGGAGCUGACGCUGCUUCAGCCCACGGCCCUGCUGCUUACUCUACCUGCUGGGACACUGCCCAUUGCUGGGGUCGUGCCCACCGCUGGGACGUUACCAGCAGCUGGGCCGCCGUAAGAGAACCUUCAGCAUUUAAAAUUUCUUUUGAAUAAAAUCUUUUAGACGGAAAUAUACGCGUAAAAAACCAAACUUGUACAGUGAUGUGUCGUUCCCGGGAAUGUUCCCGGUUAGGGAAUAUAAACAGGGAGUCAAUAUCAAUACCGUAGACGCAAAGAUAUCGUAGAAUAUGUUGUCGUUUUGCAAAUAUCCAGUUAGAACAGGCACCUUCUGGGCGAGCGAGGUCACUGGGUAGUAGACAGAAGUAAUAAACUAAUAAUUAACAAUAACUGAGUAAUGACUGAAGAAUUGAGACUAAGUAUAACGCUGCGGCCCCGUCAAUGCCUUCAGGCAAGUCUGGGGCCAAGAGCAAACCCAUCAAAGGCAAAAAAAACUUAUGUAUGUCGCCAACUCACGUAACUUCCAACUGGAUAUUUGCAAAAAUACCAAACAUUCUUGAAUAUCUUUACAGAUCUGUGCGGUGAAAAAAUGCCACAUCGCAGCAAUUCACCUAAAAAGCAAUAUUGCUAUUUGACACUUGCGCAUAUAAAAGUAUGUGCGCUAUGCAAACAAAUGACAAAUAGCAAUAUUGCUUUUUAGGUGAAAUAGAAAUAGAAAUACUCUUUUUUUUCUUUUUUUUUUUGAAUUGCAUCGUUGUGGCCUUUUUAACACCCCUGAUCCUGUCCUUCCUUAAUAAAUGUAUGUAAUAAUGUAUGUAAAUGUUAAGCGAAGAAAUUCUUAUGAUAUAAAGUUGUUUGAUCCAAGGAUUUUUAUUAUCAAAAUAUUCCAUACUUUCACAGUAUUUUAUGAAAUUGUAAAUCUAAAUAAGCGUCCUAAUAUCCGAUCCGAUUUAUGUUGAAAAGAAAAAGAAUAUGAAUUAUUAAUUAUUUAUUUUUGAUUGCUACAUUAGACAGCACCAGACUCAUAACAAACGGGAGCUAGGUAAAAUAAAGCUUUUAACUAUGAAGUUAAGGAAACGUCAAAUGGUCUAUGAUUGCCUCUUAUAUUGGCCCUAUUAUAACUUUGAAUCGCUGAUCUUUAAGGUUUAUGAUAACAAUUUUUGUGUGUAAGUGGCGUAGAAUUUCCGGUUCGUAUUAAGAAUUUCAUAUGGUGUUUUUAUUCAAUAUCUCAGUAUAAAUUAUAGACGGGAAUUGCCCUUUGGGAUAGCUUCACACCAUGGAAUAACAAAACCAUGUAUGCUUCUUCUUCUUCUAUCGUGUGGGUUGUGAGGUGAAUUACCAACCUCAUCUACCCUGGUGUCAGGGUUACUAUUGAGCCGCCAAAGGCCCCUGACAUGACUCAUAUAACGACUACGUACUUAUAUCAGUAAGUAGUAACCGGGACCAACGGCUUAACGUGCCUUCCGAAGCACGGAUCGUCUUACUUUCGGACAAUCAGGUGAUCAGCCUGUAACGUCCUAACCAAACUAGGGACCACAAAGUAAUUUUUAUGAUAUGUCCCCACCGGGAAUCGAACCCAGGACCUCCGGAUCGGGUCAUGUAUGCUCAAAAGUGACAGAUAAAAUUUCAAGCCCAGCUGACGUCAUCCCACCCCGCGUUGCCAUUUUGUAAAAAAUAAAUUAUCCACGACCAUCAUCAUCAUCAUCAAUUUAAGAGCCACGCUCUUGUCGGUGCAGCAUUUUCCAUGCUACUUUUUUAGGGAAAAAUAGGGCGGUGGUUUCACUCUUGCCUUCCGAUCCACGACCAAUGUUUUUAAUUUACUUUGCGCGUGUUUAGAUCUGCUGGUGGUCGUUAUAUGAGCCAUGUCAGGGGUCUUUGGCGGCUCAAUAGUGACCCUUGACAGCAGGAUCAAUGGGGUUGGUAGUCCACCUCAUAAUCCACACGAUAGAAGAAGAAGAAGACCUGCUGGUUUUGUUAUACCAUGCUUUAUAAAUCAAAUCAAAUCAAAAUCAAAUCAAAUCAUUUAUUCGCAUAGGAUUCAUGGUUUUAUAUAACAGUUGAUGUACAUUUUUUGACACUUUUUGCGGGGGGUGAGGUAAACACGUACAGCACACAUCCACUCACUGCCGCACACUCAUAAGAAAAAAUCAACGUCUCAUAGACGCAUAUUUAACGAUAUGACUAUUUAUUUAUUAUUUAUUUACAUUCACGACUUUGCAGUGCAGAAGCGCCAAUGCGCCGUGAAACUUUCAAUAUAUACAAUAAUAUAAUUAGACAAUAUAAACAAUAUAAAAAUAUAUUUAAUUUUCACACAUCAUUCAUCAUCUCGCAGAACCUCAGACACUCGCGACACACAUACAAACUAAAAAAAAACUGUCAGAUAACAAAAUAUGAACCUAUUGUUUAUAUUAUAUACCUACUUCAGCAGAGGGGAAAGCCUGCGCUUGACAACUCCCAUCUAUAAUUUCUGUUUUAAUAUCAAAUCAUGUAUACAUUUUACUAAUAAUAUUUUACUAAGAUUUUGUGUAGUUAAUAAUCAUGUACAUAAGUUUAACUUUGACAAGUUCACUGUGUAAAUGAAAAUGAGAUAUCGACCGCUCAGGUGCAAUGUUAUUUUUCGAUAAACACAUUGGAAUUAAUGUACAUAGACACACUACGGCAAGAAAAAAAAUCUGUAAAGACUCCCGUCGGAUUUGUCCAUUUUCCUUAGUGCCCCACAUAUGGGACAUGCACGUAUGAGUUUCAAAUUUGCCUCAUAUGUGGUUCAUACACAGUGAACGUGUUAACUUAGCCGGUUAUUACAUUGGCCCCGAAUCCUGCACACACCUCCUAAUUUUAUUUUAAGUUAUACCCGUUAUGUUCUUAUCCGCCGAAAAGGAAAGGGACGGAUGAUUUUCAAUAAAUUAAAUGAAUAACCCGGGCGAAUAAACUAGGCAUCACACUGGUAUUCAAUCCGUUUGACGUGCUGUCUACUUAAAUCUGUCGGGUUAUUGGCCGAUGUAAAAUUUUUAAACGGUUGUUUUAGAUUUCUGCUUAAAAUUGACGUGUGUUCCAUAAAUUUUAUGCCUGUCAAUUACCCGACCCUGUUUUUUCAGCGGAUAAGAAAAUGACAGGUAUAACUUAAAAUAAAAUUAGGAGAUGUCUGCAGCAAUCGGGGCCAAUAACCGUUUGAAUAUUAAAAGUGGACUGUAUUGGGAAAAUUGCGAUAUACUAAAUUUGGGUAAAAAAUUGAUACGAAAGUGCAACAUACAAAAUACGACAAUAGACGAGAAAAUGCCAUUAAAAGAGAAAGACUCACCUAGAUGACCUGCUGUGACAUACGCAGGCUCGAGAACCUGUUGGUUGGUUGGCUGGCUGUUGCCAGGGAGGCUCCUGCAGUACCUUCAGCUCGCCGACUUACCUCAGAUUACCGAGUUACCUAUAACUGUGGCAAAACACUCGAGCGAUGGAUUGUCUUCCCAAUCUAAAGGCACUGUUGCACUAGGAAUAUUUUCGGCAAUUAAGACAAUGAUUCGAAAGAUUCAAAAAUUAUUCGAGGGUCACACGUCUGACCUCUAUAACGACACGAAAGCAAGAGAGUGAGAGAGACGUUCCAAAACUAAAUUUUCAAAAAGUUAUUUUUUUUUUUAAAGUUAUGUUUGUGAUGUUGCCAGGCGAAAUAUAGUACAAUUCUGAACACCGUUUUAAUAUAAAUGUUGUGAUCUCAUUAUAUUAUUAUAUAUUCUUCUACCUACUUAAUUGUAAAUACUAUAUUAACUAUCUUUUCCAUUAUUAUUUGGGACCACGACUGCUUGAUUAUACGUGACUUUAAUGUAAUAUUAGGGGCCUAAAAAGGACAUAUUUAAUCAUUGAGGGAUUUCCCAGGCUUCGUUCCCCAAAAACAAUAUAGGUGGCGUUGUACAGAUUUAACGUGAUAAUUACCUAUUUCAGGUACGGUCACGAGCAUUAAUAUGUAUACACUUUGGUACCAUGUCACAUUAACUAUUUUGACAAAUUGAACUGUAAGUCUCACUAAAUGUCAAAUAUGUUAGUGCGACAGAGUCCUAAAGUGGGUACAUUAUAUUGCUCAUGACGACAUAAUAGGUUAGUUUCCAAAUAGUCAAAUCAGUUACUUUUUACUAAGUAAACGUUAAAACACGAAAUUACUACGGAAUUUGUAUGAUAAAACACACUGUGACGUCAUAGAAAAUGUGAUAAAAUGUCGCACUUAUUACAGAGAAACUUGGUUAAGUGGGACCUGGAUAAGUGAGAAACCUCCAUAACUGGAACUCAUGCUGAGGUCCCAACACUUUGGCACUGAAUUACCUCUGUUAGUGGGACGAGGUAAGCCUCUAUAUCUGGGAUUCGUUCUUUCGAUUUAUCAUCAUAGUUACCUCUAUAACUGAGACAGCGAGUAAAUUUUAUAUGCAUAUACCUCUGUAACUGAGAUAACAUUGUUUGUUUACUCAUUCUUAUUCUACCCACAAAUUCCACACAUAAUUCCAAGUACGGAAGUACAAAUUUUGAGCUUCAAUUACCUUCAUUUUUAGUUUCGCUUUACUAUCAUACAGAUGUUUAUUUGAAAAAUACAUAACACGUUAUUUUAUUUAAUGAUCGCACCUGUAUAACUGAAAUAACCUGUAUUCUCACCUCUAUUAAUGGAACCCUCUGUAAAUGAGACAGAUAUUUAUUUAUACCUGUAUAUCUGAGACACUGGGUAAGUGGAAUACCUCUAUAAGUGAAACGACAUUGCAGGUCCCUUGAUGUCUCACUUAACCAGGUUUCACUGUAUUACAUUUUUCUUUACUAAAAUUCAUAAAUAAGUAAAAUAGAAAAAUGUUAACUUUUCGUUGGUUUUAGAUUUGUGUUUAAUUAGUAAUCAGAAUUUAAUAAUUUAUUUUGAACCUAGCACACGACCAAUUCAAAAAUAUAAUGCAAUAACAUGCUUGAUAUUUGGAUCACAUUACGUAUAUAAUUAUGUUGCUACCUAUAUUGCUUCUCUUUAUUUUGAUCAGAAUAAUUAUGGGUGGAAGAUGUGUUGUGCCUGGGUGUAAUAACAAGGGUCAUCAUUUUACACUCCAAAACAAAGAUUAAAGAUCCAUAUGUCUGUUAUCCAGGAAAUCAGAAGGUUAAACGAAGGCAACUCUGUACAGCGCCAUCUAUAUAUUUUUUUGGGGAACGUGGGAUAUUCCCUCAUUCAUAUAAAAAAGCAAUUUGACUUUAUAAAAAGUAAGAGCGCAAUGUUAAUGUCAAAUAGCGAUAUUGCUUUCUUAGAUGAAUUGAUUCAAUGUGGCCUAUUUUAGCCCCCUGUACUCCUACUGACUGACUCUUCCUGUAUACCCUGAUAGUGAUAAUGGGUGUUAGUUUGUGUAAACUCAAAUUGUGACAGACAGUAGAAUAGACGAACUAUAAUAUACAUAUAUAGGUUGUUAGUGAUAUCGUAACGAAAACUUUGAGGGAUGAAUCAACCCAUGAUUCUGAGAUGAUAUCAAGUGAAAUUUUCCGUCGCAUAAGUAUGGAACUGAAAAUAAUUUAAAAAAACAAAAAUUUUCUUGUAUUUGCCGACAGGAAAUUCCACUUGAUAUUAACUCAGAAUCAUGGUUUGAUUCAUCCCUCAAAGUUUUCGUUACGGGGUCACUAACACCCAUACCUACUUGUAUGGCUACCUGUAUGUACUUGUAUGGGGUGUAAGUGACAUCGUAACGAAUACUGAGGGGGAUGAUUCAGCUGAUUAUUCUGAGUUGAUAUCAAGUGGAAUUUUGCAUCGCAUAAGUAUACAAUUGAAAAUUGGAGAAUUGUUUUUAUGAUUUAAAUGAUUAUUUGUCUUUUAAAAAGUAAAAUUUUAAUUGGAAGUUUUGUUUUCAAAUUGUUAAAAUAUUUACAUGCCUAGUUAAGGUUGAAUACUAUGACAUACUGUAAUACUAUACCAUCUUUUGUAAAUUGUAUUCUGGCAAAUAAAAAAAUGAUAAUAAUUUAUUGAAACUAAAAAAAAAAAUCAUUAAUUUUGCGACGGAAAAUUCCACUUGAUAUUAAUUCAGAAUCAUGGUCUGAAUCAUCCCCGUCGGUAUUCGUUACGAUGUCACUAACACCCUGUAUAUGUCGUGGCCAGAUCUUUAUUUCCGUAACUUUGGCGCCUAUUUUUUUGCCUUUCCAGUGAAGAUAUGGCUAUGGUGCACUUCAGCGCCAUCUGUCGUUGGUGAUCUAUAAUCGUAAUUGAUUUCCAUUUGUUUAUGAGGAGUUUUCCGGUAGGUGUAGUAAUUUUAGUUCUCCCAGUAAUAAGAGAUGGCGCUCAAAUCACUUUUGGAAGUUUAUUCAAGCAAAAAAAUUAAAACGGGUGUGAGUGACAUCGUAACUAAAACUAAAGGGGAUGAUUCGGCUCAUUAUUCUGAGUUAAUAUCAAGUGGAAUUUUAGUUUUUUUUUUUCGCGAUAUAUCGCAAAAUUGUAGCAUUUAAAAAAAACCACAAAAAGAAACCAAGAAUUUUGCGACAAGUACGUAUGGAUGUUAGUGACACCGUAACGAAUACUGAGGGGAAUGAUUUAGACCACAAUUCUGAGUUGAUAUCAAGUAGAAUUUCCUCUCGGAAGAUUCUUGAAAUUGUUUGUUUUUUUAAUUAUUUUGCGAUGGAAAAUUCCACUUGAUAUCAACUCAGAAUCGUGGGCUCAGUCAUCCCUCGUUACGAUGUCACUAAUACCCUGUAUAAUUUAGUAGAUAGUUUAAAAUUGUUACUAUAUCCUCUUCCGGGCGAGCUUUCUAGGGUGGUAUUAAUAAACUAAUCUCAGCUUCGAGACUGCCCUCAAGAUCAUGUCAAUGUGACAGUUCUCAUAUAAAAACAGAGACUUGAGCAUGAUCUUGAGGGCAGUCUCAGCUGAGAUUCGUUUGUUAAUACCACCCAUGAGAUUUAGAUUUUAAAAGGACAUUUAGUAUUACUACUAUAUUAUCGGAUUACUUUCCCUGAAUAUGAGAUGGUUAAAUAAUUAUCCCAUAUGAUGUUUUCCUAAAGUGAUAUCAACGCCAUCUCUGUAUUGUGAUGGAACUAACUGGAAAACUCCCCAUUCUAUUCACCGUCUGUCAAGUUGUAGUACAUAAAGGUUGUCAAUUUUAGUCUCUGUUAGACUGUCAAUAAGUGUUUUUUGAAUACCUAACGGCCUGGGCAGACGACGGGGCGGGUCGGACAAUUAGGAUAAAAACUGGCCAUUUCCCCCAUAUUCCCAAAUAAACAGAAUUUAUCUAGUUGGGAAUAUGUUUGCAAAUCUAGUAACAUAGUGAGAUAUUAUGCCUUGUCACGUUACAUACAGGAAUACGUAUUGGUAGCCUGUCGCGCUUCUGCUUCCGCAAUACAGGUUAGAUCCUAGUGCGAAUGUGGGCCGUGGUCGGCCGUCCGGUAUGUUCACGGUAGUACUACAGGCAUACCUGUAGUACUACCGUGAACAUGCUGUAUCUUAUUAUUGUACUUCUACUAUAGUGUUACAACGCAAAUAAAGAAUUUUUACUUUUACUUUUUUUAAAGGUGCCGCCGCUACUGUUGAAUGUUCUUAAAUUUUGACAGUUCCCCAUACUAUUUGAGUAAAAAAUAUAUUCUUUUGGUUAUAUUUUUACACUAUAACCCUUUGCGCAGCGUUUAACAGAAUCGUAGUGUUAUGUUUAUUCCCUAAAUAUCGGAAAGAAGAAAAGUUAGAAAAACUUAUUUUCAAGCAAACUGCCUUUUUCCGAGUGGCUGCUUUUUUUCGUAAGUCAUACUUCAGACGGGAUACACUCCACGUUGCUCCACAUUUUACCACGAAUUUUAGCUGGACAGUAUGGAGAACUGUCAAAAUUUCGGAACACUCAACAGUGCUGCCACCUACGUUUGAACUUCUAGUUUUUAUCCUAAUUUCUCCGCGAACUAUAGAACAAGGGAAUCAAUCGUAUACUUUCAACGCACACGCAGCGGUCAUGACCCAACGCGUUGUUUGCGCAGGCCCUAAAUGUCCGAAUAUAUGUGUAUGGUAAUAAUAAUUGUAUUUCAUCCGAUUUUAAUACUCAAAAUAUACUUUUUUGUCCGAAAA